AACGCUGGUCUCUCACAGCUCAGGCUCUCUCUUUACCUCCCCACCUUUGCAAUCUAGACAUGGCAUCUAAGGCGAUCCCUUGCUUCUUGGUGGCAAUGUUGCUCAUCCAGUGUGCCACUGCCUGCUCUUCCUGUCAGCCACCAAAGACCCCAGUCCCCCACAAGCCAUCGUCUGGGUACUGCCCAGUUGAUGCCCUGAAGCUUGGCGUGUGCGUCGACCUGCUCCAUGGGCUGCUGCACCUGGUGCUCGGCCAGCCUCCCAGUGGGUCUAAGUGCUGCCCUCUGGUCAAGGGCUUGGCCGAUCUCGAGGCGGCUGCUUGCCUCUGCACCGCAGUCAAGGCAGACGCCUUGGGCAUCAAGGUCGACCUCGACGUCAAACUGACCUUGCUCGCCAACGCUUGCGGCUGCAAAAUCCCCAAGGACUACAAGUGCUACUAGA